AUGGCUCGACUCAGCAACAUCUCCGUUGUUGUUCCCCUUCCCUCCUUCGACAUCGACCCCCUCAAAACCUUUGACGAAGACUUCUUUGACCGUGCUGUUGACAACAUCUUGUCUGAAGAAGCGAGCAUAGAAGAAUCCCGGGACGAGAUGAUGGACAGCAAUAUUGGCAUCUCAAGUCCAUUUGGGUAUGACGGCGCGUCUGACUCCUCGAAGUCCAAGCUUCGUCGUAGCCAGAGGACCGAAGCCAAGUCGCCGCAUUUUUCUACUCCCGCAUCGAACUCCUCGCCUACAACCACCACGGCAAAGAAACCGAAGUUGAGAACAUCUUCUAGAAUACGGAAAAGCGCGACAAUGGAGGAUGUCAAUGGUAACAAUGAAGCUCCUGUGAGCCCCGAAAACAUCACACCACCUCAGAAUGAGGAACUCAUUGAAGCCGAAUCUUAUCCGAUCCACGAGGCCGGUGAUCACCCUUCUACACUUCCCGAAAUCAACGAGUCCGCCGCAAUGCCGACUGGCGACGACGAAAUGACAGCGGAAGACAAGAUAUUCGUCUCGUUGGACCUGGAAAAGCAGAUUGAGGUGUUGAAGUACGUUGCAUCACACUCUUUCAUGAUGGAACAGGCUCGACCUGUCCAACGCUCAGCCAGGCGAGAGUUCACUGGUCAAGUGCGCGGGUUCGCUGCGAAGGCUGGAAUGAACGACACAGCUAUCGAUGCUUUGAUUGACCACAUUCGAAAGACCUACCUUGAGGACCGUGGAAUUGCAGCAGCCGCAGAUGCCGGCUCUGCAUUCGGGGAUGAAGUGGACAACGAGGAAGAAAGACAAACCAGGAGCUCGCACCGAAAACGGCGUAAGAGCAGCUCCGAUCACCCUGAGGACAAAGACCACAAGAAAAGCAAGAGGCGACACUCGGAUAAGGCAAGAGGGCACAGCCACGAUACCAUGUAUGAUGAGCCAACCAAGGUUGUGGAAGCCCAUGUCCCGGCAGGUGUUUCUACUGAAGCCCAGGACAAUGGCUACGUUAAGCCCGAUGGACCGGAAGAUGAGGACAACACGCCGGAUCUACCCCAAAUGCCUACAAGCGUCGUUCGAAGUAGCCCCUAUACACACAUCGACCUGACCACCGACUCGCCCCCUUACGACGAAGUUGACGCAGUUCCAGAUCAAUUCGAACGUGUUAAUGCGGUAGCGGGGCCCAAAGAACUCGAGGCAAGCAAUAGAGAAGUCCUUGCACGUCAAUUGUCAUCCGACGUCCCGGGCGAUAUUAUUCCUGAAAGCCCAUCGCCUGAGAAAGUGGUCGAAGAAAAGCCGUUGAAACGCCGUGAGCCACUCAAAUCAUCAAAGGAAAAGAACAAGCGCAAGCGCGAACGCAAAAGGGAGCGCAACAAACAUCGAAUAAAUUUAAGUGGACAGAAACAGCCUCAAGGCGACUCCAUUGAUGGAGCAGAGAAACAGACUCAAGGCGACUCCGUUGAUGGAGCGAACCAAGACCGAAUUCCACCUUCCAUUCCGAAACAAACCUCGUUCGAGAGCACCAGUGGAAACAGACGGAGGUCCAGUCAGUUCCCGCUACCCACCGAUCCAUCUCUGUGGAACAUAGAAGAUUUUUGA